AUGGAAAAAAUCCCGAGACCAGUCUUAGAAAUCAUAUCAAGCUAUGCUGAAUCAUUUUAUGAAACUCUGCUUCUCUCUUUAGUAUGUAAGAGAUGAUAUCAGGCAAUAUCAAAAUUCAAUCAUGAAGUUUCUUUUCAGAAUUUUCCUUACUCCCCCCCUCCGUGAGUGAACAAAACCAUUAGAAAAAUCGCCAUUUUUUGCCCAAAAACCCACCCUCCGUGAAUGAACAAAAAUUUUUUUAAUAGAAAAAUUUUUUAUGGAAAAAAAUUUAGAUAUAUAAAUGAUAAUUAGUAUAAUGAAAUCUAGAGCUAAUUCUGUUUAAUUUUAAACGAAUUGCUUUUUAAAACAUAAAUUUUGUAAAUUAAAUUAAUAUUUGCUUUCCAAUUUUUGCGAAUUAGGAUUUUUUUAAAUUUCGAAAAAAAAAAUGUUUAUAAAAUUUAUAUAGAAAUUUUUUAAAAAAAAAAAAAAUUAACCCUCCUCCGUGAGUGAACAAAAUUUUUUUUGUUCACUCACGGAGGGGGGGGAGUUAUAAAAUGAUUAAGCCUUGAGAUCCUCGAACGCACAUAGAAAAUAUUAUUGAGCAUAAAUUUCUGAUAAAAAACUGAAAAAUGAUAUCUCUUGAUCUACGAAACAUAAAAAUUAAUGAAAAAUUAUUAGUCAAAAUUAUAUUCUCUCAACAGUUUCUUCUGAAGCUUAACUUGACAAAUUCUUUAUUUGAUAUAAAAGAACUUUUAAGAUAUUUAGACUACGAAAAACUUGUAAAAAAGCAGGUUAUUGCUGAAUUUCCAUUGGAAGAGUUGAAACUUACAAAUUAUAAGAAAAAUAUUAUUGAUUUCAAGCAUUUAAAUGAAUUUUUCCCUAAGAUUAAAAAGCUCUACUUAGGAGGGACCACUUUGAAUAAAGAUGCACUAUAUUCUAUUAUAUUAAACUUCAAGAAUCUAGAAAUUCUUGAUACUAGUUCAUGUGCAAAUUUAAAAAUUAAGAAUAAAGAUGAUCUGGAUAGCUUAUAAUUAUAGAAUUGAUUAAAUACAAUUGAUAUUUAAUUUUAAUAUAUAUAUUUCAUAAAUAUAUGCUCUAUAUAUAAAUUAGAUAGAUAUAAACUCAAACUGAAAGGUAUGAUAGAAAAUUCAAAAAUAAAGAAAAUAUAUCUCAAUAAUGAAGCAAAUGAAGGCGACAAAGAAAAUCUUUGAGCUAAGCUAAAUUCUUUACCAAGCUCACACACUGAUUUAGAAUCCAUUAAAUCCUGAUUUACCAAUGAAAUUGAUGUAAACAUUUUUCCUGAAAUCUAUCAAGAAAAUGAUAAUUUUAUUAGCAAGCUUGAUGAGGAUUUUUUAAUAGAAAUUUUUGAACUUUUAAUUGGCAAUGGAUUAAAUAAAUGGUUGCAUCGCUGCUAUUUAUCAUCAUUGCAUUCCUAUAAUUACUGCAGCUUCUUGCAUGAGGCAGCAAUUUAUAGAAAAAUGAAGCUAUUUUGAUUUCUUUUUGAUAAAAACUUCCCAUUGUUUCAUUGCAAUGGAUGAUUAUUAUUUGAAGUCUCUGAAAUUAUUGAUGGUUUAUCUUCAAACCCAUCAAGAGUUUAUUAUAUUCCAAAUUCAAUGCUUUACGAAGCCACUCAAUAUUACAUUAAAUUCAAAGAUAAAGAUCCCAAAAUAUUUCAAUUAAUUGAUGCUUUAACAUACAACAAAAUUCAAUUUAAAGAAUCAAAAAUACUGGAGGAGCAGAUGAAAUCUGAAAAUAGCUUAUUUAUUAAAAGUCUCUUUACAGCAAAACUUGAAGAUUUAGACAAUAUAACUCUUGAUGCCAAGAUAAAACAGAACCCACUCAUAAUAACUGCUGCCAUUCGUUGUCAGCCUGAAAUAAUAAAAAAGAUUUUAAGCUGUGGAUUUGAUGUUGACAUUGAAAAUUCGAGAGGAAAAACAGCUUUAUUUUAUGCAGUUUCUAAAGGCUACAAUGAUAUUAUCCAAAUCUUAUGCAAAAACAAUGCAAAUGUAAAUAAAAAAGACAAAUCUGGCAAAUCGUCAAUUUAUAAAACUAUAAAAGCAGGAAAUGAUAAAGCAUUUACAUUGCUGAUACAAUUUGGUGCUGAUUUAAAUUGCGUUGAUAAUUGUGGUUUAACUGUGCUGAGCUACGCGAAGAAACACUCUCGAAAAGCAAUUAUUAAAAUGAUUGAAAAAGAAAACAAUAGACUCACGAUUAAUAGAUAUCUACAUAAAGAUGCGUUUAAUGAAAGCGAUGAAAUUCUUAGACAAGCUUAA